CUCGCCCCCCUCAGUUGAAUAAGCGUAAAGAUCUAUUGCGACAAAAACAAUAAAUCACCGAGUAGUCUGGAUUAUAAAGCGCCGCCUCAUUCCUACUCAGUACCGGUAACCUUUCAACCCCCCUUCCAUCAAUCUGUUGGCUCCUCCAACCUACUGAAAUCACAGCCCUUGCACAAUGCGCUACGAUCUCCCAAUUUUGGGCCGUAUAGAGUCGUUCCCCAGCUACUCAAACCCAUCCAUCACCUCUUCCAGAUCUAAUAUAUCCUCGUUAUUCGAUAAGAUCAGCCGUGCCCUCUCUCAUGAUACUGGUUCUAUCGUCUCCGCCGCCCUCUCGUUAAACAAUCCCGGAAAGGCCGUUCGAGACUCGGAAGUUCGGCUCUCACGGGUAGAGCUAAUUUUCACGGAGGAGGAAAUUGCAAUCCUUAAGUUCACAUGGUCCUUGGAAGCUAUGGGAACGGAACAUGAGCAAGAAAUCGUGGACCCGAGGUAUUCCCUCUUUGGAACAUCCUAUUUCUGGAAUCAGGUAUAUGGCAUCGUUUUAGAGUCACACCCCAAUGCAGGGAAUAUGGUUCCAACAGUGGACCACCAAACACGAGCAUUCGCGGGAAUGAUGUAUCUUUGCAUGCGAAACUUGGAAGACUUGACCAAGUUGGAUGAAUACUUGGCGAGUUUAGGCCGCAGACACAGCAGGAUGUUUGGUGCCCAACCCCCUCACUUUGAGGCUGUCGGGGUUGCUGUGAUCGAAACGUUUCAACAGUACUAUGGAGACGUUUUUACAAAAGAGAUAGCGGCUAUUUGGAUCAAGCUAUACUGCUUUUUGGCAAAUUCAAUGGUCCAGGCUUCGCUCUAUGAUCCGAUAAUUAUAGAAAAUAAGUUGGUCUUUCCUACGCUUGUGAAAGCUGCUGAGGAGUCUGACACCCCUUCCGGUAAGCUCCCCGAGGAGGCGAGGGGUGCUGACAGCGUUGCCGAUGAAGAUGCAGAAACCAUGUUUCUUGACUUCCCAGUUGGUCAAAAGGGAAUGGAUAUACUGCGAAAGAGAAGGCGAAAGCGGUUGGGGGACCUUGCUUCCAAGGUGUUUGGUGAGGGCUACAGCACCCAUAGCCAACCACUAAAGUCAUUGCUGAGUCCUACCUAGCAGGAUUUGACGGCCAAAUGCUAGAGAGGGGAAUCAGUAGUAAGGUAUGGUAUGCCAUCCGAAGAAAAUGGUGUCUGCUAUGCUGUAUCAUCCACUGUAAACCAUGUCUCUCCAAAUUUUGUGACAUUGCCGUACUGAUGUUCCCUUGUAUAAUGGUUCGGUUGUGAAACCAGUGAUGAAACUCUUUUGCUGAUCCCGCAUAUGCAAGAUUUAGUAAUACAGAUCUGAGAUGUUAGGAUCGGCGUAUGUUCUGAAGCUAGCCAGUCUACCACAAGCAAGAGAGCAAAAUACUGGGUAUGAAAAAGAUACGUAUAAUUUUGAGAUUAAAAAUUAAUCCACAAUGUAUAAUGCAAAAGUGGAGUCCGAUGGGUGAAAUGUAAA